AUGGCCAACAGCAAAAUAACAUUGAACUACUUCGACAUCAAGGGAAGGGCUGAGAUCAUUCGUCUGGUUCUAACAUGGGCGGGUAAAGAUUUCGUGGACAACCGAAUCAGUCGAGAAGAUUGGCCAGCACUGAAGCCAAAAUCUCCGUUUGGGCAACUUCCAUACGUGGAGAUAGAUGGCAAGGUAUAUGGCCAAAGUUUGGCCAUAUCUAAUUUUUUUGCCAGGGAAUUUAACCUGUAUGGGAAAUCAAACCUGGACGGUUUGAUAAUUGACCAGGUUGCACAGCUGACUGAAGAUUUUAUUCAGGAGAUUGUCAAAGUUAUUCGGGCAGCAGAUCCAGAAACUAAGGCAGCAAAUCAGAAGAAAGUACAAGAAGAAGCUGCGCCGAAAUUUUGGGGCUUUUAUGAGAAGUUACUGAAGGAGAGCAGUGGUCAGUAUUUUGUAGGCGAUGAGGUGACCCUUGCUGAUUUGAUUGCCUUUGACGUCGUUACUGGAUUUGUUAGCGAUUUCACACUCCCACUGCCCGACAGCUAUCCCCUGCUCACAGCACUGGUUGAAACAAUUGGCAACAAUGACAACAUCAAAGCUUACAAAGCCAAACAGCAGUGA